CACUUGUUGCCCCUCCAGUCAGACUCGCCACAUUAGGAAAUGGCUCUCGUGUUCUCACCGUGGUUAGGGCGAGGGUGCGCCAGGAGUACAAAGACAGGCUUAAACCGUCCUCAACUAUUCACCGAUCUGAUCAUCCUCAGAGUUCCUCUACACAAACAGGCUUGUGCGCAAGCUAGAGACGCUUCCCUCCACGACACUCGUGCACUACGACGCGAAGAGACAGCAGAGUCUUAUAUCUUCAAGCUUCGCCUGCCAGGUUUAAAGAAAGAGGACCUGAACAUUCAGAUAGAAGAUCGAACUCUUCACAUAAGCUACAACGGUGAGCCGGAAGCCGAAGGCGAGGAGGGUGAAGCUUCUUCUUCGAACUCGCAGAGCAAAGAGACCAAAUCCGGGAGCUGCAGCUUCAAGCGCAAGUUGUUGCUUCCAGAGAGUGCUGACGUGGAGAAGAUCAAAGCCGACGUGGACAGUGACACGCUGGCAAUCACUGUUCCCAAGCUCCCCAGAAAGUUCCCGAAGGUUCGCAGAAUUGAUAUGAAAAGUGAGCUGGGUUCACCAGGACUGUAGAAUAAUAUGAACACACUUCACGUAGAUAUUUAGUUGUGGAUUGAGUUAGUGAAUUAGUGAGAGCUUCAAUGCUUUAGGCUUCUUGUCCUCAUUGUUCAUGCGAAUUGUGUGAUUAUUUACAUUGAAUGUGUGUUUUUCUACAGUUAAGUGUAAUUUUUGAUUAUUUAUUUAUUUAUGUGUAGUUUUUCGAA